GAGGAGGAGGAGGAGAGGAAGCGGGGCCGGGCCGGGCCGGGCACCCGUGGCCACCCCUCGCCUGUCCCUCCCCGCUCGGCGCCGUCGCUCCGCAGCCCGGGGGGGGACACACACGGUUCCGAGCAGCCCGGGCCGGCCAGGGGGACCCCGGGCUCCUGUCCCAAGGUCACCCGCUGAGCGACAGCGGCAGCAGCCGGGCGGGGCGGCCCCGAUCCCGGCCCCCGCCCCGGUCCCGCCCCGCCGUCCCCGCCCCGGCGGCGGGAGCGUCCCGGGGACUCGUGGCGGAGCCGCCGCCGCUCCGGCCCCGCAGAUGGUGCCCCUUCUCUUCCUCCUCCUCCUCCUCCUCGCCUGCCCCGGCAGCUCGGUAGCCGGGCUGGGUAUCACAGCCCGCACGCUUUCCCCGUGCUACUCCGCUGAUCUCCGGCCGGCAUCGGAGAGACUUGUCUCGGCCGUGGGCUGCACCGUGCUUCUGACGAUACCCCCGCUGAGGGCCAGCAAAGCUGCCUUCUGGGAGUACAAAAGCGGCCCGCAGGAAGGGGUCAUCGUCAAUUAUGCUUUCGAUAGACCCGCCAACACGUCUCGCCCCUACGAGAAUCGCACGAGGUUCAACGAGACGGACUUCUCACUGCAGAUGGUGCUGCAGCGGGGGGACGACCGGCUGUACCGCUUCAGGUCCGAGUCGGAGGCCACGGGCUGGUUCCAGCUGCGCGUUGUCGAACCGCUGUCCGAGCCAGAAAUUCUGGGCAACUCAUCAGUGAAGGCAGGAGGCAACACCAAACUGGUUUGCCACGUCCCGGAAGGGAAGGCAGACUUGUACUGGUGGAAGAAAAAUGGGGAGCUGCUGCUGGGAAGCGACCACAUCCACUUUGUUGACAACAGCACCCUGUGCAUCGUUAAAGCGUCAAUGAACGACAGCGGCUACUACGCUUGCGUGGUCCGCAACGAAGUUAGCCAGAAUGAAACCUCCUUCCUGCUCCACGUCCAGCGUGCCUCCAUGUCCCGUAACUGCCUGCUUUUUGCUCGGAGUGUGUGGGGUGGGGGGUUAAAUUCCAGCUGGCCGCAGAGACGGUGGAUCCUCUCCUUUGCAGAUGCUGCCAAUGUGCUCUUGCCCGUGAUCCUGGCGUGCGUGGUCAUCGGCUUGCUCGCAGGUCUCUUCGUCUGGUGCAGGAGGGACCGCCCGUGUCGCAACGUCUGCAGGUAGAGCCUGAGCGGCGGCGCCCUUGCUGCCUUCCCCCCAUGGUGGUGGUGGUGGUGGUGGAUGCUGCCUGGGGAGCGCCAGACGUCUGCUGCUGUCCCCACCUCUUCUGGGCUCACCGCUGAAUUGCUCAAGCUGCCAAAGCCUACAAAUAUUUGUUUGUAAAACACAGGCUUGGACUAUUUCUGUGUCGUCCUGCCCUUCCCCAGGGCCCCCGGCACACCCCUGGGGGAGAGGUGGGCAUGGCCGUGCCUGCAGACCCGGCUGCUGCUGUGCUCCAGACCUCCCUGCCUCUCCUGCCUUCCUCCAGGGUGGGCUAAGAGCUUGUGGACGGGCUGAUGGCUCUGGAAAGAGCCACCGUCCCUGCUGGACAAAUGCUGGGGAGUGCCACGGUGCCAACCCCUGUGUCCCCAGGGCUUGAGCCCCUCACGGUGGCUUCCCAGUGCGCUGCUGUGCCUGGGACCUGCCGGGGUGGCUCAGGGGCUGAGUCCGUGGGCAUUCUACUUGGGUUGGCCCCCGGAGGGAGGAAAAAGGGCAGGAUUUUGCUGUGGUGUGCGCUGGGGGGGCCAGGAGAUGAGUGGAGCCAGUGGAAGGCGGCAGGGGACGGAGGAGCAGCAAAGCGGUUGUGUUUUCGGAAGGAAACCCCAAAGAAGCCCCCGUGGCUGCGUUACAGCAGCGAUGCAGCCUGGCACGGGACACCCAGGGAUGCUCCCGAGCCCGCCUCCUCUGUCCUCCAGCCUUGGGCUCCGGCGGGACCUGGGGGACAUCACUCCUCUCGACGUGUGCCCAGGCCAAGCUUGUCCUUCCCUUCUGCGGCUCCUGCGGGUGACGGUGACUCGCCCUGGUUUGACGUGGCCAGGGCAGCCCCGCUCCCAGCCCCUGGUCCUGCUGCCUCCCUUCCCCCUGCUGCUUCUGCAGAGUCCUCCGGGCUUUGCUCGUGAAGGGGUCGUUAUUCUUACAGUUGAAAUUAGUUAGGGGUCGUUAUUUGUUCUUAGAGUUGAAAUUAAUUAGCCUGGAGGCACAACUGGCAUACCCACCCUGGAGAAAACUGGAUGCUCUCCCAGGAGCGCUGCCCCUCGCAAAGUGCCUUCCUGAUCCUCAGGCCGGGGCGUUCGCACCCACCUUUUCGUUCCGACGGGGACGGCCCCAGGUCCGGUGCCCCGUCUGAGCCGUCGCCCGCGCGGGGGCAGGGGCUUUGGGUGCCCUGGUCACCGCUGGGCGGUGGCUUCUCUCCCGGAGCAGCUGGUGGCUGGGGGCCCUCUCCUCGCCCCGAGCCGCGCUCAGCGCUCAGCGUGGAGAGUGGGACGGGCGGAGGUUUCUCCCGCUUGGGUCUGGCCUGCAGCCCUGCUUCUGCGGCAAGGGGCUGUCCUGGCCAGGGCAGCGGUGGGUUUCCCUCCCCUCGGAGUCGUCCCCUCUCUAUGGAGAAUAGAGGCGCACCCAGAUCAUAUCCCACGGCAUGAGCAGUCCCUAAGCUGUCCUACACCUAUUGCUGGGGCAAAUUGGAAAAUCGUGGGAGAGGGAACUGGCUCGUGGCUUGCCCGUCUUGGCCCCUGCCUGCGCUGCCGCUGCUCGGGCAGACGGUGCAGAGGAGCCCUGACCCGGGGAGAAAAGCGGGAUAUAAAGGGUCAGGCAGCAAAGGGGCAUCGCUCAGCCUGGGAUUUCGUGCUGCGACUAAAGCGUGGGAGGAAGCAGAGCAGUUUGGGUGAGCUGAACUAGAUUUUAACCUCAGUUUUAGGCUGCAGUGCGGGUUGUCGAGUUCCCUGUUGCACUAGUGGGUGUAAAACGAAUGCAGCCGCGUUUUACAAAAAAGAGUUUUCUAAACUUUUUGAAGAGUUGUCUGUAACUCAUUUUGGAGACGUGGGGGUUUUUUUAAUGUCUGUUGCUACUAAUAAAAGUGCGUGUGAGAUCCCA